GAGCCCAGCCGGUGGUGUUUGUGCUCACUAGCAAGCCUCAUCAGUCACGAUGGCCUCCGUUGCUCUCGCCGGCACCACCCUCGUCGCCAAGGCUGGCGUUGCCCGUCAGGGCCGCCGCCGCUCCUCCGUCAAUGUGAACGCGGCGGCGUACAAUGGGGCCUACGCCGAGGAGCUGGUGGCCACCGCGAACAAGAUCGCCACCCCUGGCAAGGGCAUCCUGGCCAUGGAUGAGUCCAACGCUACCUGCGGCAAGCGCCUGGAAUCCAUCGGCCUGGAGAACACUGUGGAGAGCCGCCAGGCCUACCGCGAGCUGCUGGUGACCACCCCCGGCCUGGGCGAGUACAUCUCCGGCGCCAUCCUGUUUGAGGAGACUCUCUUCCAGGACACCCGCAAGGGCACCUCCAUGGUGGAUGAGCUGAACAAGAACGGCAUCCUGCCCGGCAUCAAGGUGGACAAGGGCCUGCACCCCCUGGCCAACUCCAACGGCGAGUCUUGGUGCGCCGGCUUGGACGGCCUGGACCAGCGCUGCGCUGACUACUACAAGCAAGGCGCCCGCUUUGCGAAGUGGCGCAGCGUGGUCUCCAUCCCCGCUGGCCCCACCGCCAUCGCAGUGCGCGACUGCGCCUAUGGCCUGGCCCGUUAUGCCGCCAUCGCCCAGAACGCCGGCCUGGUGCCCAUUGUGGAGCCCGAGAUUCUGCUGGAUGGCGAGCACGACAUUGACCGCACCCUGGAGGUGGCUGAGAUGACCUGGGCUGAGACUUUCAAGUACCUGGCCGACAACAACGUGCUGUUCGAGGGCAUCCUGUUGAAGCCCUCCAUGGUGACCCCCGGUGCAGAGCACAAGAAGCGGUCCACCCCCGACGAGGUUGCCUCGUACACCCUGAAGAUGCUGCGCCGCCGUGUGCCCCCCGCCGUGCCGGGCAUCAUGUUCCUGUCUGGUGGCCAGAGCGAGCUGGAGUCCACCCUGAACCUGAACGCCAUGAACCAGAGCCCCAACCCGUGGCACGUGUCAUUCUCGUAUGCUCGCGCGCUGCAGAACUCUGUGCUGAAGACCUGGAAGGGUGAGGAGGGCAACGUGCAGAUCGCCCAGGAAGCGCUGCUCAAGCGUGCCAAGGCCAACAGCCAGGCGCAGCUGGGCAAGUACGACCCCGCCGGCGAGUCUUCGGAGGCUGCCAAGGGCAUGUUCGAGAAGGGCUACACGUACUAGGCACGGUCGCGCAUUGGCAGCCACCCACGUACCGCCGCAAAUUCCUUGCUGUGCUGAGCAACUCCUGUCUGUUCUCUAUCAUACCUUGUCGUGGCGCUAUCAACUGCCGCCCGCUCUGCUCUGGUUUUAUUGCUUUUUUGCCGCGCCCCCUGCUGAGUUCUUUGGUGUGACAUUUAACACAACACAAGCGCUGAACAACAUUUGCUG